CUCAAUCAAAAUGCAUGGUUCUCAUAGUGUUUUUCUUUUAUUAUUGAUUUUAAUUUUACAUGGACAAUUAUAUCGCGCAUGCAUUCCACGCAGACGACGAAUAUGUGAUCAUACGCCGCCGACGCUAUCUGGUUGUCCGGGAAAUCUCCGUUACUUUACGGACCCUCGUAAGCACUUCUCCACUCAAGUUCGAUGGACAGAACCAACGGCAUGGGACAACUGGGAUGGCAGAGUUGGGGCGCAACGCAUAAACGGACUUGGUCCAGGGCAGAUAUUUUAUGCUGGUGAUCAUGUGAUCAGGUACAUGGCCAAGGACCACAGUGGAAACACGGCUACCUGCGCCUUCACGGUUACUGUUACAGCACAAUAUUGUAAACGCUGGACAACGGUACGCAAUGGUUGGAUAUCGUGUGACAUGACGGACCAAAUGCUCGUAGGAACUGUUUGCAAGUUUGGCUGCCAUCCUGGGUACAUUUUGCAGGGUUCGGACACAGCACAGUGCCUAUCACACGAUCGGUGGAGUGUCCCCAGCCAACCUGUUUGUAAUCCUCGGUUAUGCGGCCAAUUGGUACCCGGCAAUAAGGAGACGGCGAUAACCUGUAAAGACGGGUACAAUUUCAAGAGCGUGUGUCAGUACACGUGCACCAAUGGAUUCGGCAUUCUGCCGGGCCACAAUCGAGUGCGCACUUGCGAUGCGAGUGGAAACUGGACAGGAGAAGAACCUAUCUGUCGCGACGUCACACCUCCAAAGUACACUUCUUGCCAUCCAACGCUAGUGUUCUACGCUAGUCGGUCUAGUGAGGUUGCCAUCGUUAGUUGGCAGGUGCCCGUCUACUCGGACAAUGCAGGUUUGGCUAGCACAGUUUCCCGACAGGUCGAGGGACCAUCAGCGGGCAACGCGGUAGCAGCGGGGACGUACACUGUGGUCUAUCAGGCGUGGGACAUGGAGAACAAUACCGCUACCUUUGAGGAUACAUGCAUACGCCCGAGUCCACCGGAACAUGGCGCGCUCUCGUGCGACACGUGGGCAGGGGGCGCCUACUGCGUGCUACAGUGCCAACAGGGAUACGUGGUCCAGGAUUGGGAGUUCGAUCCUCUACUCACUUGCAGCGACACCCGGGGAGAAUUUACAGGACUGAACGACGACAAAUCCUUGCCGAAAUGUGCAGAGAUCAGCGCCAAUGUGUUCUUUGACUUCAAGCUGGAGGAGUUUUAUUACUACGAUGGUGACUGCAAUUCAGCCAAAGAACAAAUCAAGCAAAACUUUAUCACCGCUUUGCAAUUCAGCUUGGGCAAUGUGUGCUCGAAAGUCAACUGUAGCACUUCUUACGUAGAGGUUGACUGUUUCAACGACACAGUUUCCGGGAGAAAGGAGCGUUCAGUUGUCGAUACUCUGUCGGUUUCGGCUGUCAUGACCGUUUCGGGAAAAGGUCGCGACCAGCUUUCUCCAAUGGAAGCCAUAAUGAUGCAGGAGCAGAUUUACCAGGCUCGUGUCGAAAGCAACGAUAGUCUUGAUAAUGGUCUCGAGAUGUCUCUCCAAUUAACUUACAUCAAGGUUUCGAGUCCCGAAAUCGCCUGCCAGCUUGGGUCGUAUGCUGAUAGGUUCACACUAAGCUGUGUUCAGUGCUCAAGGGGAACAUACCAUGAUAUGAGCGUGAAACAAUGUAGACCAUGUCCGAGGGGUGAAUACCAACCCAUAUCUGGGAUGACAUCGUGCCUUCAGUGUCCAAACGGGACAAGCACGCCGUUUGUGGCCUCUGUAGACAUUGGUCAGUGUGUUGAGGCGUGUCCACCUGGAUAUAUGUCCCCUACAGGGACGAUUCCUUGCUCCCCAUGUGACGUCGGCACAUUUUCUACGGCGUACGGAAAAACACAGUGCACGGCAUGCCCUGGCUCAAAGACAACACGAGCGAAUCUGGCAGCAACUGCAAUUGAAGACUGUUAUGAAUUCGACAUGGAGUUUUCCGGCGAUACAUAUUCAUACGAGAACGCCUCUAUACUGUUCACGCCCACCUCGCACGUGACGAGCCUCUACCUGGCACUGUCGAUGAAGUGCAGCACAUGUUACCGUAUCUUGGAAAUCACUGACGUGCACGAGAUACCCGUGCUAACAGUGACUACUCGCGUCGGUUUUCUCGACAUUACACUUCGUGGAUGCGAGCUAUCCAUUCCCGUGCAUGGUCUCCUUGACAGCCCGCGAUGGCAUCAUUUGUCUUUACAUAUAACUGCCAGUUUCGUCACAACUACUAUUGACGAAAUCGAGCAACACGUCUCACACGCAUGCGCAUAUAAUGAACUUCUGGUAGAGAAGGACUAUAUGCUCGUAGUAGGAGGUAAACAAUACACCGGCAGCGUGACCUCAUUGAACCUUUGGAACGCGAGUUCCGGUGAUUUUGAGAUUCCUACUAUUUUACGGUGCAUGGACAAUCAAUUGGGCAACCUGGUUGCCUGGAAACAAUUUCAGGAUGUUGAUGGUCCGUUUCUGCGAACACCAACCCAGUGUGACGAUGUAAAUAACUGUGCAAGCUAUCCUUGCAAAAACGGUGGAUCGUGCCUAGAUGGGCGCGAAGCCUUCGCCUGUUCGUGCAAUAAUGGUUUUACAGGCGAUAUGUGCGAGAUUAAUAUCGACGACUGUGUUGGGAACUCGUGUCAGAAUGGCGCCACGUGCCUAGAUGGAGAUGAUUCGUACACGUGUCAAUGCAAUCCUCAGUCCAACGGCUCAUUUUGCGAGACAAUGAGAAUUGAUGGCGGUUGGACAUCCUGGAGUAUGUGGGGACCCUGCUCGGUCACGUGUGGUUCCGGGCAAAAGAUCCGUGUCCGGGAGUGCUCGAACCCGGAACCAGAGAACCGAGGCGCAGACUGUACAGGGGAUACGUCGCACGUGCAGAAUUGCACCAUGACGGAUAUAUGUGUUUAUGAAUGUGACGUCGAUCCUCAAAACCCUCUUCACGGAUCAAUGAACUGUUCAUGGCAGGGAAACGGCACUCGACAGUGUCUGCCAUUCUGUGAAGAUGGCUAUGCCUUCGACUCGGAUCUGUUCCUAGACAACAUCGUGUGCGGCCCAGAAACCGGAUAUGAGUGGAGCAUCCGCAAUAAUGAAAACCCGUAUGUGCAGAUUGGCACGUGUUCAGUGAUUCAUAUUGCCGAAGAAAACAUACUGAUUUAUUCUGCUGAAUACGACGACCUCACCCCCGAUGUAGUCAAGCGCUCUCAGACGGAUGUACCGGCAGUCAUUCAGUCCACAGUGCAGGCUAACGUAUACCAGUUACCAUGCGUUCAGAAUAGAAGCUGCCGAUUGCUUUCAAUGGACGUCACAAAUACGUCACCGAAUCGCGUUGAUUUCAUUCGCGAACGGAGAGAUGUGCAGCUUGUUGGAUUCGACGUGAAGCUUACUUGUACACCUACUAAAGCUCCUCGUUCAUGCUACGAUCUUCUCGAGGAGGCCUACUUCACACUUCAGAGGCUCGUAAACGAACCCGAUUCUCCAUUCUGAUAGACCAAUCCAUGGUUUGACAUCGGU